AGCUGUUUCAAGUACACGAGUCCCUCGCCAACCCGUAUUUCACAUAUACGCGGUUUUAAAUUUAUUAUCCGAUUUUGCCAACCGCGGUAUUCCGAAUAUUCGUGGCUUUUAAUCUGUGUACACGCGGGACAAAAUCGUUGGCUUAUCCAUCAAGAGAACCACAUUAGCUGUGGUGCCCGAAGUUGGUUUUGUAACAAACAGAUUAACACUGCCGUGCGUCUUAUUGUGACACUUCCUAUAGUUAAUAUCGAAUUUGGGGACUGGCAGGCAACUUUGGCUUUGGGACUGAGCAGGGAGGAUUCCUAGCGCCAACCGACACAAACAUGUCAACCCACGACAUAAGAAAGCCUUCGAAAUGCAGCAUUGUGGUGGAUGAUGUGGAUGCAGGUGAGAAACCUGAACCCGAACUGGAGGUGAACACGGCUAAAACUGUCCAAACGUCUACAACAGACAGCGACACUAGAGAUAUGAAAGAGGAGUCUGAUGCUCGCAUAAAACAAAUUCAGAUAGAGGCGGAGAGCCGUAAGAACGAGUUCGCCAAACUUCUAGAAGAGCACGCACAAGUAAUCAAAGAACUGAAGAAAAUGGAAGAGGGCCCACCUUCUGUAGCUGUUACAGGACCGACAAAAGCAUGAUCAUUACAGAGGGACAAUGAAAGAAAAAUGAGGAAAAAGGGACAAAAGAAGGGAGACAGGAAAGGAAAAAGACAAAGAGAUAAAUUAACCCAAUGUAACUGUCCAUUACAACCAAAGAACUUUACGCUGUGUAUCUUCGAAGGAGCAGAUCACCGCCUUGUGCUAUCCAGAUUAAAGUGUCAGUUUUCAAGAAGGACAGACUUGUGCGUAGUUCUGUGGGAGUAGUAGCUCAUUUAAUUCAAAAGUCUAUUCAAUCAACAUUCAGCAAGUGAUUUCAGAUUAUGAACCUUGUAUUCAUAUGUCAUCAACUAUUCAUGCUGAAGUGGGACGUUGUCGGAUUUUACGGAAUAUUAUUAGCAGAAAUUACUUCAUAUAUUCAGAUCCAUGUAUACAAUGUUUCAAUUACUAAAUGAUAAGUAAUAUUCAGUCUGGGGUGGGGGGGGGGAGCAAGAUAUUGGACCAUUUAAUAAUAAUUUGUUUGAAAUCUUGUAUAACUACGUGCAUAAAAACGAAUGCGGUCCUUACAUUUUUGGGAAUAGUUUGCAUACAUUUAUACAAGGUUUUAAAAAUUAAAAAGAUACUGACUUCUUGAAUUGUCCUCCAUUUGUAAUAUAAAGUUAAAGAUUAUUUUCCUAAGAUAUUCUCAUAAUCCAUGUACAUUAUUGUAUCUUCUGUAUAAGGUUUCAAGCCUUCCUGGCAGCUAAAUGCAAUUACGUCUUAGAAGGAUCACGCAUAUCAAUAAGGAAUAAGUUUCCAACAUUUUGCAGACUGUCUCUGCCUCCUUCAUCAUUCAGGGAUGACGCAACUAAAACUGAUCAUUACUUAUAAGAACAGUGUUCUUGUCCAAAAGUGAACCAACAUUGGAAAGCUACGCAAACUCGGGCAUUCACUCUUCCUACCAGCGGCUCCACAAUGAAUGCUGCUUAACAACCUGGUCAUCAUGAUGGUAAGAGUAAAGAUGGCUGCCUUCUGGGUUGUCGCGCUGUGUGUAGUCUGACAGAAGUUUAAAGAUGUUUCACACAUUACUGCCGCCUCCCUCAUCAGGCGAUGGAGGCAGCAAGUACCUCUGAAAUGUUCAUAAACAUCUGCCUGACUACAAACAGCACGACAACCCAGAAGACAGCCAUCUUUAUCCUUACCACUAGAAUUCAUAGAUGGCUUAACACUACUUAACAUCACGGACUGUAAUCCCAGGCAGGACGAGUGCAGGCCCGAUCUGAAUCACCGUUUCUCUGCCGUCCCACUCUUGGUCUCAGAGCCAACUACAUGUACAUAUGCAGUGAACAUCAGUUCUUGAUGAUGAUGAUGGAUGAGGGAAUCUCCAAAGCACUGAAAACUCAUUCCAUACUGACAUGGCAGAUCACAUCAGAAGACUUCAUUGCAUCAAGUAUCCAAACUGAGGAUUCUUAAGUUGGCUCUUCUGAUCGCACUGUACAGUAAAUUUCAAUAAUACGUGUUUAAAUAUGUAGGUAAUUUCCUUUCAAGAACUGUGUGAUUCUAGGUGUACAUAUGUUAAGAAUUAUAGUAAUUUGUUCCAUUUUUAUUUAGAAAAUAGAUCUAUCCAAUAAAAACUCUCUGUUGCAUAAAAGACAGUUAUCAAAACUUCAGUCCACUUCCAGAAGUCAUACGAAGUUAUAUUACUUUUUCAUUAUAAAAUAUUCGCAGUUACGCUAAGCAACAAUGUUUGAUAAUCCUGAAACAUUCUUUCUGUCCUGUACGCAGAACUUUUUGUAAUUACUAAGUUGCUUAAUAAAGCUUUCGUAGAUAAUCUGAAUUUAUAAAGAAUAAAGUGACAUCAAUAAUUGUACAGUAAAAUUUUUAUCAUAGCCUUUUUAGAAAUUUAAAAGUAUCGGUGUGAACCAACAAAUUGCAAACGCAUCUUCGGAUGUGAUGUGAUCAAGAAAACUAAACAUCCAAAUUGUGACACUGUUCAUGGGACAAUGACACUCUUACCCGAUGGUUUAUUUUUAUAUACAUGAUUGUAAUAAAUAUAAAAAUUUGUAGUAUGCAAUUUUAAUGUAUUUAGGAAGGAAAAAAUAGACUAUAUGAACUGCUUAGAAGGUUAAGAAAUUAAAAAAUAACUGAAGAAUGUGUUAGAAUUAUUAGAAUUAUUGUUACUAUAAGAUUAUGGCAAUAUUUUGAAAAAAUUAAAAAUCCUACAUAACUGA